GACUCGACUGGGCUUUAAAUACCAGUAUCCUCGAGCCACACCGAGCUUUUGCUCGGAUCUUCUCCCUAUCAUCUUGCUAGAGUCUGGGGCUGGUGAUUUCCACGCCUUUGACGGCAGUCUUACCCCUCAUUGACAGCAAACAUCCCUUGAUCUACCACUUCAUCUCAAAAUGGCUCCUGCAAGCCAUAUGACCUACCAAAAGGACGAAAAGGUCCUCUGCUUCCAUCAUGAGAUUCUGUACGAGGCCAAGAUCCUUGACCUGAGGCACACGGACCCUGAAGACCGCAAGAGUCCUUUCGAGUACCUGGUCCACUACAAGGGCUGGAAGAACACCUGGGAUGACUGGGUGCCCCAAGAUCGCCUCCGUAAAUUUACGGAGGAGAAUAGGGAGCUGGCCACGACGCUUCGUCGUGAAGCAGAGGCUGCAUUCCGCCAAAAGAGCACCAAGGCCUCCGUCAAGAAGAGGGGAGGCUCCGACCGCAGCUCGGCCCGGGGCAGCGAGGAAAGGCAAACCUCCGUGCCUGGCCGCGGAACCAAGAGAGCUCGGGACAACGACAUUGAAAAGGAGGAGAGCUUUUACGUGCGGCCAUCAGUAAGAAUUGUAAUGCCGGAUAAUUUGAAGUCUCUUCUAGUGGAUGAUUGGGAAAAUGUCACCAAAAACCAGCAAGUCGUGGCCUUGCCUGCCAAGUCUCCGGUCAAUCAAAUUCUCGACGACUACGUCAGAGAGGAGAAAGAAAAGCGCACGAGCUCGGCUGAUAUGGACGUGCUCGAUGAAGUAGUCAUGGGAGUACGCGAGUACUUCGACAAAGCACUUGACAAAGUUCUUCUGUACCGGUUCGAACGCGAGCAAUACCGGGCUCUCCGCAGAAAGUGGGAGGCAGGAUCGGGCGACUAUGCUGACAAAGGGUCGGUUGACAUCUACGGCGCCGAGCAUCUGACUCGCCUGUUCGCGACCAUGCCCGAGCUCAUUGCUCAAACGAAUAUGGACCUCCAGUCCACAAACAGACUCCGGGAGGAGCUAUCAAAGUUCACCAUCUGGCUGAGCAAGAACUCGGGCAAAUAUUUCGCCACGAGAUACAUGACUGCAAGCAACGAAUACAUUGAAAAAUCGCGCGGUGUUCCCAACCCCAAUCCAGGGACUGCCACAUCGCGUUUAGUCUGAACUUCGAGAAAUGUAUCACGCAGCUCACUUAUGCAUCGUUAAAUUUGUCUUUCGUCUUCAAGCAUAUCAUUAUUCUCUUUCGUUGUCCCCUUCUUCUUCUCUAGUUCUUUCGCGUUGACUGGCUUGGGCUGCGAUAUAUGGUUAGCAGCGAGAACGAGGCUGUUUUUAUGUAUGCUAUGGCGACAAUGCUUUUACUGUAACAUCAGGAUAGAAUUGGAAUCAGAUGGCGAAACCAUCCU